AUGCCGCAUAGUAUUCUUCGAAAUGAUGUUGCUGGUCGAGAUGUAACACGUUAUUUAAAAUUAUUAUUAAGAAAAGAAGGUUAUACAUUUAAAACAACAGCAGAAUUUGAAAUAGUUAAAAGUAUUAAAGAACGUGUAUGUUUUUUAUCACCAACAGCACAAAAAGAUGAAACAAAUCAAGGUGAUAAAUCACAAUUUACAUUACCUGAUGGAACAUCUAUUGAACUUGGUACAAGUCGUUAUCGAGCGCCGGAAGUUCUUUUUAAUCCGGAAUUAAUUGGAGAAGAAUGUGAAGGUAUACAUGAAAUAUUAUCUGGUUCAAUUCAAAGAUCCGAUAUGGAUUUACGACGAACACUUUAUCAAAAUAUCGUUCUAUCGGGAGGAUCUACAUUAUUUCGAGGUUUUGGUGAUCGUCUACUUGGUGAAUUAAAACGAAUAGCACCUAAAGAAGUCAAAAUAAAAAUUUCUGCCCCACGUGAGCGUCUGUAUUCAACAUGGAUUGGUGGUUCAAUAUUGGCUUCACUUGAUACAUUCAAAAAAAUCUGGGUAACAAAACGCGAAUAUGAUACUGAAGGUGCUAAAGUAAUUCAUCGAAAAACAUUUUAA